GUUUCUAAAUUCAUUUCCUGAAAGUCACCGUUUCUCUAUAAAAAGCUCGGGUCAUCUCAAGGAGAAACCCAGAACACGCUAAAAAAUUACUGGAGGAGAGAACUAACGGCAGAUCCCUUUUCUUGAAAAUUCAACUGUUUCUGGUUAUUUUACUCUGAUUCCAAAUGUUGCGAUUAUACUUACUCUUCAUCUUGAUACCCUGGACAAAGUCUGAUGCAGAAGAGAAAUGUCUCGAACUUACAGAUCUUAAUGUAUCAGAUGCUAUUGCUGAAAUUUUUAACCCCAGCGUGGAUGUAAAAAUGCUGUUGUACACCAGGGAAUUCAGAAACUGUGCUGAACCUCUGUUUCAAUCCAAUUAUACCCUGAACACACGAUUCACCCAAGUCAAGAAAACAGUCAUGAUUGUUCAUGGUUACAGAGGAAAAGGCCAAAAGCCCCAGUGGCUACCCUCCAUGGUCCAACUCCUGCUUAAGGCAGACGAUAUUAAUGUCAUUGUUGUUGACUGGGUCCGAGGUGCUACAACUCUAUAUUAUCCACAUGCGGUCAAGAACACCAAAAAUGUCUCAGAGAUCUUGGCGGAAUACAUUCUAAAACUGAAGACACAGGGAGUUUCUCUUGACAACAUACAUAUGAUAGGACUGAGUUUGGGGGCUCAUAUAUGUGGAUUUGUUGGAAAAAGGCUCAAUGGUUCUCUUGGAAGAAUUUCAGGUCUUGAUCCUGCUGGUCCCCAGUUCACUGGGAAACCACCAAAUGAAAGAUUAUAUCGCACUGAUGCCAAGUUUGUUGACGUUAUACAUACUGAUGCUGAUGCUCUAGGUUUCAGAAAUCCUAUGGGCCACAUAGAUUUCUAUCCCAACGGUGGGUCUAAGCAGCCAGGUUGUCCCAAGACCAUAUUUUCAGGAAGUUCAUUUUUUAAAUGUGACCAUCAGAGGUCAGUCUACCUGUUCUUGUCAUCUUUGGAAGGGAAAUGCAAUUUAACUGCAUGUCCUUGCAGUUCGCAACAAGCGUUCCGGAACGGUCAGUGUGUCAACUAUGAAGUCUUUAAGCCACUGCCCUGUCCACAACUAGGUUACUAUGUGGACAAAUGGAAAAACUAUAUAAGUGAAAAGGGGACUACGAUUUACUUUGACACUAACAAGGAUCCUUUCUGUAUGUAUACAUUCAUUGUGGAUAUUAUUAUUUGGAGCAAACCCACAGGGAAAGGCUAUUUUAAAAUUAAAUUGAUAGAUAAAAAUGGGGAGAAAGAAGAAACAAAAAUUAAAGGUGACUACGUGACAUUAGAAAAAUUUAAACAAAUCCGAUUGUUUGCUGCAUUUUACCGGGAUUUUAAAGAUAUCUCAAAAAUCUCCUUGACGUAUUUUCAGAAAGGAGGCUCCAGUUGUAUUAAUAAGAUUUACCUACUCAAGGUGCAAUCCCUCACAAAUCCAGAAAGGCCGCCACUUUGCAGAUAUGAUUUUAUACUGAAGGAAAAUGUGGAAACAACAUUGAAACUGAUUUCAUGUCUAAAGCAAAAAUAAAAAGAAAAUGAUCUGCUGCAAAAAAUCUGCCUGCUAUAAAACUCAUGGUUAUGACACAUGAUAAUAGUGUGGGGUCAAGAGGACUCGUAUUUUAAAUGCUUGCCUUAACUUUGAAGAAUGCAAUAUUUUUUAAGAAAAUUUCCAACAGCAGUAGCUAGGCAAUUUCUGGGAAACUAUUUAACUUUUGGUGAUUUUUUUGUGCCCACUGAAAAAAAUGCUUUUUCAUUAUACGUUUGUCUUCACUGUUCAUUGUUUCUAAGAAAGGAAAUCUUUGGCUGAUGAGAAAUCAAGCCCUUCCUAACUUCAUCUAAGACAAUGCAGAAUUCAGACAAAGGUAUUUACAGAUUUACUACUGUGUGGCAACUUUUGGCAUCUUAUAAAAGUGAAAUAAAUGAAUAAAAUUUCUCAUUAGUGGGAAGCUGACUUCCUGACAAACCAUGAGAAUAAAUAAAGCUUCACUUGAACCCAUGUAGUUUGUUUACUUGCUAUUUAAGUCUAUAAUAUUAUGUGUCUGAAUGUGACUUCAUAAUAAAGGUUAAUAAUGA